UUUUGUUUUUGAUGGUUAUUCUGGAUUGGAUCUGAAACUUUGAAGCUUUGGAGUGCUGGUCCUGCCCUAAUUUCUGGGAACGAAAAAGCAAUAGCAUUUUCAAUUAACGUUGUCGGUUAUUAUUAUUAUUAUUAUUAUUAUUAUUAUUAUUAUUAUUAUUAUUAUUAUUAUUAUUAUCUAUUUCCCAGAUUCUUUUAGUUUUGAUGAUGGCGUUUGGAUUUAAUUAAUCUCAUAUGCGUUUGGCUUUUUUCUUUAAUACAGAUACAAAUGGGCAGAGAUAGGAUAUUUUCUGUACUCAUGUUUAGAUAGUAUAGAAAAUACGAGAAUAUUUUGUCAAAUUUUAAAUGUAUUUUAGAACCAAAACCAAACGAGUUUCUGUUUAUGGUUUCUCUGGCUUUUCCUUUUAGAAACAGGUAUCCAAAGUGCAGCCCAAGGUACUUGGAACGAGAAACGACAGAUUUUUUCUUUUAUUUAUUAUUUCAUAUGUAUCCGAAAUUGGGGUAGAAGUGAAAACAAGUGCAAAGAAUUGGCGUGUUUUGAUAUAAAUGCAUGGAUCCUUCUCAAUUGAAGACUUGUGUCCCUUCCAAGGUUUAUGGUUGAUUGUUUAAGCCUCUUAUGUAGCUGCCUUAUUGAUUCUGUCAGGUUCUUGAGGUCUAUUUGAUUAUAUCAAACACCACACAGUUUAUAGGAGGCUAACUAGUUUAUAUUCAACUGCAGUAGAUGGCUGAGGAGGGUUACAGGGUUACUCUAAAUAUUUAUGACCUAAGCCAAGGACUUGCUCGUCAGCUUUCAACUACUUUCUUGGGGAAAGCCAUUGAGGGCAUAUGGCACACUGGAAUUGUGGUUUAUGGUAAUGAGUAUUACUUCGGUGCGGGCGUGCAACAUUCUCUUGCUGGAUCAACACCUUAUGGAACUCCGCUUAGAGUGGUAGAAUUAGGUGUCACACAUGUCCCCAAGGAUGUGUUUGAAAUGUAUUUGCAGGAGAUUAGUCCCCGUUACACAGCCGAGACAUAUAGUUUGCUUACGCACAAUUGCAACAACUUUACCAAUGAAAUUGCCCAAUUUUUGGUUGGUUCAACCAUUCCGGAAUAUAUCCUACAACUCCCUAAUGAAGUAAUGAGCAGCCCAAUGGGUGCACUUAUAUUGCCCAUGAUACAGAAUUUGGAGGCAACGUUGAAGUCAGGUGGAGUUCCUCAGGUACCGCAAUUUAGGCCCCCAACAACUAGUCCUUUGCAACCUCCCUUGACUAACACUGCAAAGACUAGUGUUCCUAACUCGUCCACAGAUGAUGGAUCAAAAAGCGGAGAUGAUAAAUCUAAGACGACCGGAAACUCAAUGUCACCCUCUGCGAAACCAACAAGCGAGGCACAACAAAUGUCAUCUCCUAAAGGGGUUACAGGAGAUCCCCUUGGUGAUGCUCGCAGUAAGGUUCAAGAUGAGAUCGUCAAAGAGUUUGCAGCAAUUAUGGCAACUGGGACAAUGCGUGCCAGCGAGGCUGCAGCCCUUGCCACUAAAAGAGUUAUGCAAAGAUAUGGGCAAACUGUGGCGUCAUCGUGAGUGCUAGUAACUCUGUCUUUGAAGUGAGUUUCAAUUUUCCUCACUGCCAAUGUUGUUUACCUAAUUGAUCAUUGAUACCCUACUGGGUUCCAGAUUACCCUAUAUACUAAUGCUAGUAUCUAUCUCAAGAUCAGGGCAAGCAAAAUGCAUUUUGCCCCUUGGGUUUUCGUGCCUUGUCAAAGGAUUGAAUAUAUUUUGUGUUGUCAUUUAUUAAUUAAAAAUGUGACGAACAUUGUCUAACGAUUCUACUUUUCUUGGAAUGCAUUCUUUUAAAGUAGUA